UAACUCUGCUGUGAUUGGUUGUUGAAUCAGUCUUGCUCAUAUUUUCUCACGGCCUGCUCUCACCACACUUAUAAUAUGAAGCGCCUACAUUGGUUACUUUAAUAAUUCCUUUAUUUUGUUGUAAAUUCAUUGCAAUGCUCCGAGUUUUGAUAACUGUUCUCUGGAAUUGAAUAUCUUAUUCCGUAAUGGAAACUCCAGUCAGGUCUUUCAAGCUAGCUCAUCUCCGUUGUCUUCAUUUCGUCAAGCGACUUAGUUUUCUGCUUAGUAUAUUGCAUUGAAUAUUUGCAAAGAUCCAAAUAAGCAACACAGAUGAGUCUUGCUAAGAGGAAAAAUGCUAUUCCGAAUGUAACGGGAAACCACCAGAUGAGGAGUUGGAGGGAACUGGCUGAAGCUGAUGAUCUCGCUUCUGCCCUCACUGUUGAUCCUUAUCUUGGCUUUACUACCCAUAAAAUGACAGAUAUGAGGUUAAAAAUUCCAGAAAGAAUCAAAAGGAAGUUUUGUGAUAUCAUAUCUGCCUUUCGGAAAAAUAAGUGUUACGAUACAGCUUUCAACCAGCUGACUGCCGAUCCAAACAUAGUGAAACGGUCUUGGAGUAUUGACCCUCGUUUCAAGGAACAUAUCAAUCGAUACUUGUUAUUAUUUGAUGAUCGUUCUGGCAUUGAAAUUCGACCUUGUUGGCGCUACGCAUCAGAAAAUCAUAUGGGAGCCGCAAUAUAUGCCACAAAAGAUUGGGCGAAAGGGUCUCGUAUUAGUACUUUGGUGGGAUGCAUCGCUAAACUCAAGCAUCAUGAAGAGGCUACAUUCCUUAAGCAACACAAAAAUGACUUUUCAGUCAUGUAUUCUUCUAGAAAAAACUGUUCCCAAUUAUGGUUAGGUCCUGCAGCUUAUGUUAAUCAUGACUGUCGACCUAACUGUGAGUUCACAACUAACUGUGAUGCUGACGCUCGUAUGAGCUUAAAGGCUAUAACCGAUAUCAAGUCGGGUGAUGAGAUUUUCAUCUACUAUGGGACAAACUUUUUCGACACAAAUAAUGCAGCUUGCGAGUGUUUUACAUGUGAAUUAUUAGGUCGUGGAUAUUUCAGCAAAUUUAACCAAAGUGUGGAUAUGACAAAUCCUACUAAUGAAUUAUCAUCUCCAAAUACUAUCUCUGACCAGAGGACUCAUCCAAAAAAUAUUGUACCAGCAUUUCAUAAUACUCUUAACAUUUCUACUGAUCAUAAUCAAAUUCUGCGUGAUAGAAUAAAUUCAGUACCAAAUAAUUCUCACUUUGUCAAGUGGGUUGGUUCUCAAGUCACUAAGUCUUUAUCAUUGGAUUUCUUCCUGAAGAAGGGAUCUUCAACUGGUUUGGCUUGUAAAGCAUUGCCUAAUGCAUAUUCCUUACGGCAUACCAGCUAUCGUUUAAAUCGUGUUAAAGCUCGACUUAUUGCUGCAACCAUAGCUUCUGUAAACAAAUCACCUUAUUCGAUUAGUCAUGAGAACAGGACUCCGAGGAUUAUUUCCCCUUAUAAAAAGUGCAUGUUAAGAAAAACUAUUAAGAAAAGCGUUUCAUCUUGCCUACAAAAUGAAUCAAAUUUGCAUUCAUGUGACAGUGAGCGAAGAAAGCUAAGCAAUGCAUUAUCAUCUGUCGUAAAAAGACGAAGACAAUUAUUACGGAAUAGUCAUAUAUCUGAACAACGAAGUUUUACUCCCAAGAGUACUGUUAAAGUCCCUGUUUCCAAUGACACAGCAGUUUGUGACAGAAUAGCAUGGCAAGAAUCAGAUGGAACUAGCAGUGGAUUAGGAUACAGUGUUCAUAACGAUUGCAGUAGUGCUUCAAAUAGCCCAUUACCACCUUUAUUGGAUCGUAUGCCAUCAACUUCACCAAAUAAUUCCUUCAGUGAUUCAACUGUUACACCUGCUCUUGGAUCACCCUAUUAUUGUGAUUCAGUAACACAAAUGUUCUCUAAUGAUAAUGAUAGCAAUAUUGGCAAUGACAACAGUAAGAAAACUGUUACAUCAGAUCAUGGAUCUCCGGGUUUUACUUCUCCGUUAACUGAAAUGUACAGUAAUAAUAAUAGCAACAAUAAUGUUAAUGAGCAUAAUAAGAAAACUGUUACGCCUGAUCUUGGAUCGUCCGAUUGUAUUCAUCUGUUAACCCAAAUGUGCAGUAUUGAUAUUAAUGACGUUAAUGAUGCCAAUAUUGACAAUAACAGCAAUAGGAACUCCCAUCCAAAUUUGACCAUCAGAUCCACACCUAAUUCGUUUCUUCUCAAUCAGAUUGCACUUGAAGUCCUGUCUAGCCGGUGA